AUGGGGAACAGCAGGAGCGGGGCCCUGUCCCAGGAGAUCCUGGAGGAGCUGCAGCUGAGCACCAAGUUCACGCAAGAGGAGCUGUGCGCCUGGUACCAGUCCUUCCUCAAGGAGUGCCCGGGCGGCCGCAUCACGCGGCAGCAGUUCCAGGGCAUCUACGCCAAGUUCUUCCCCGACGCCGACCCCAAGGCCUACGCCGAGCACGUGUUCCGCAGCUUCGACGCCAACAGCGACGGCACCCUGGACUUCAAGGAGUACGUGGUCGCCCUGCACAUGACCACGGCCGGCCGGCCCAGCCAGAAGCUCGAGUGGGCCUUCUCGCUCUACGACGUGGACGGCAACGGGGCCAUCAGCAAGAGCGAAGUGCUGGAGAUCGUCAUGGCGAUAUUCAAGAUGAUCAAUCCCGAGGACGCCAAGCACCUGCCAGAUGACGAGAACACCCCUGAGAAGCGAGCCGACAAGAUCUGGGGCUUCUUUGGAAAGAAAGAUGACGAUAAACUUACAGAGGAAGAGUUCAUCGAGGGGACCCUGGCCAAUAAGGAAAUUCUGCGACUGAUCCAAUUUGAGCCUCAAAAAGUGAAGGAAAGGUUAAAGGAAAAGGAAAAGAACCCCUGA